AUGAAAAGUUUAUUUUAUCAUUAUUCAUUAAUACUUUCAAUAAGCGCAGUCAUAUAUAAAAUAGAUUAAAUUACAGCAGUGAAAAGAAUAAUGGCUAAUUGGAAUGAAUAAAAUUUAUUGAUAGGAAGCUUUUCAAAAUAUACACCAUUUAAUAAUUUUGAGAAUGUAGGUGAAAUUUCUAGAAGUGAAACUAAUUCUCAAUUAAUAUAUGCAGGUCUUGAUUUAGAUAAUUAAAGUGCAAGGAUUCUGCAUUUUUUAGAAUUUAAUGAGUAAUUUAAAUAAAUUAAGCAUGUAAUAAAAAUUUUGACAUUAUCGCAAUAUAUUUAAGAGGAAUUUUUAAUAGAUUAUUAGAAUUAUGAAGGACAUUGGAUAUCUUAAUAUAUGUACUUUAAUGAACAAUAAUUGAUUAUUGGUAUUAAAUAAUAAAAUGGUUAUCAAUAAAAAUAAAUUUUUACUAAUUAAUUUGGGAAAAAUGAGUUUCUUUUAAUUCUUGGUGGUAGCUUAAAAGUAUAGAAUAAUUUUUAUUGUAGAUCUUAGAUUCAAUACCUAAUUAAACACUUUUAUUAAGUAGUUUUCAAGGAUUUUUAACUUUUUAUUUAGAAGAAGAGAUAUCAAUUUUAGAUGAUAAAAAUUUUAUCUCUAAAUGUGUCCCAUAAUAAAAUGAUUAAAUAUCAAGUUAUUUUUCUAAUGAAGGAGGUACAUACACAGAAUUUUCAACUGAAAAUGAAUAUGUGAACUCAUUCUUUUUAUAAUUUUGGAUGAAAAUAUUACCUUCAAAAUAAUCAUUAAAUUAAAUUUUAAGAUUGUCAAUAAAUAAAUCUUCUAAUUUUAUAGGAAAGAUAGGAAGUAAUAGUGUUAUUCUUAAUUAUGAAUAUUUAGAAGAAAAUUUGAUUUAUUAUUUUGAAUAUUAUUCAUAUGACUUUCCAAUAAUAAAUCAAUCUGUUGAUGAUCCUUAUAAAUAGUUUUUUUAAGAAUCUAUAUCAAUAUAAUUUAUAAAUGAAUGGCAUUUGAUUUAAGUGAAAUAUCUUGAAAAAUAAUUAAUAAUUUAAUUAGAGAAUUUUAUAUUAAAAGAAUAGAAAAUAAAGAUCUUUGAAAAUGUAAAUUAAUUUACAAAUACAAAAAUGAAAAUUUAUUUUGGAGGAAAUCAAUAUUAAAUGAAUUAAAACAGAUUAGAAAUUGGAUAUGUUAAAUUUUAAAAUUGUUUCGAUAAUAAUUAUUAAAUUUAAUAUUGUCAUAAUACUUGUAAAACUUGUUUUGGACCAUUUAGAUCUUAAUGUUUAAGUUGUUUUGAUUAUUAGAAUAGAAUUUAUGAUAAUAUUCAAAAGAGUUGUAAUUGCAAAUCAUGGCAUUAUGAAAAUUAGGCAGAUCAUAUUUGUAUAGGAUAAGAAUAAAAAUAGUAUUUAGAAAUAAAAGAAUAUCUUAAAAAUGAUCCAAAAUUUGAUGAAAAUGAUAAAUUUAGAACCUGUGCUUUUGGUUAUUUUUUAUUUAAUGAUGAAUGUAUUUAAUGGUAUAAAUUAAUAUUUAUUACAUAGUCCAUCAGCAUCAUAAAAAAAUUAUAUUAUUUGUAUUAAUUGUUUAAUAAAUCAUGAUACUUGGAUUUAUGAAGGUAAGUGUGGUAAUAUAUUUAUUUAACAACCAGGAAUUGAAAAUGCUGUUUAUAAUGAAUUAGGUGUAAGUUCUAUUGAUAUUUUAAAAGAAUUCAUUCUAAUAGAUAAUGAAUUAUCAUCAUGUGGGUAUUGUGAUUAAUGUUCAGAUUUUGAAAUUUAGAAUAAUUAUAAUGAUUGUUUUUUGUAUCCUUUUAAACAUGCAGAAAAACCUUAUUAUAUAACUUGUCGCUAUGGAUAUGAUGCUGAAACUUUUAAAUGUAAGUAUAAUCCAAAACCCUAUUUUUAAAGAUUCUGUGAAUCAAAUUGUGGAUAAUGUAAUUUUGAUGGUUCUUGCAAAUAUUGUAAAAGUCCAACUGAAUAUUUCUUUACUUGGGAAAGAAAAUGUAGAUUAUGCAAAGUUAAAAACUGCAAAUAUUGUUUUUAAUAUAAUAGAUAUGAUCAUAGUUAAGUUUCAGUGAAUUCUGAUAUAGAAUAAAUUUUAAUAUCUUAAAAUGAAGAAGAUUAUAUUAUGGCAUGUGCUUUAUGUAAUUAAGGUUAUGUAUUCAAUUUUUAGAUAAAUGAAUGUGUUUUAUAAUAACUAAAUUCUCCAUGCAAUAAUGGCUAUAUAGAUGAAAAUUUAUAAUUUGUUUGCACUAAUUCAUUAGGAAUUUUCAAUCAGCAAGAAAAUAAUCUUGUUUCAUAAUUUCAUGAUUGCUUGAAAUAUUUUACAAAUUGUUAAUCUUGUAUUUAAGAUAGUUUAAAAAUGAUUUAUUGUAUCAAAUGUUUAGAUGGAUAUUAUUUAGAUUAUCAUAAUGGUUUAUGUUUCACAUGUUCAUAAAAAUUCCAAAAUUCAAGAACAUGCAAAACUGAAACUUCAUCAUAAGAUUCUUGGAAAUAUGAUUUAGUAAGCUUUUUUUUGAAUUUUAUACCUAAUAGUACUCCUAUAUAAUUGAUUGGAAAUUAUUAUUUAACAGACUAUAUUCUUUUAGAAUGCAAUGAAGGCUUUCUUUUAUCUGUGGCUUCAUGUAUACCAAUGAUAGAGAAUAGAUGUGCUAAUUGGCAUAAUAAAGGUUAUUGUUCUAAAUGUCAAAAUUUAGAUCAGGGAUAUGAUGCUUAAACAUUUUUUUAUGGUAGAUGUUAAAUUUGUCCAUAUCCAUGUAGAUUUUGUGUUCCUAUAUCUGAUUUUACAAUUAAUCAAAUAAAUCCUUAUUUUAUAAUUAAUGAAGAUACAAAGGCUUAAACUUAUAAGUGUUUAUUAAACCAAAAUCAAAAUGAAACUUUUAUUCAUCAGUAAUCUGGGCAACAACUAUCCAAAGACACAAAUAACCAAAAAUUUUUACUUUCAAUAUAAAAACCUUAAUUUCCAGAUUCACCUAUUUCGAAUGCUCAAGCUUAUAUUGAUUUUGAAUAUUUAAAAAGAAGAAAGGUAAGUACUUAUAUUGAUAAUUAUAAUGCCUUUAGAGAAGAAGAUCCUAUAAACUUAAGAGCUUUCCUAUUUUUUAUUUUCAAUUCAACUGUUCUCUAUGAUGGAUAUAAUGAUACAUUUCAUGAAAAAUAGAUAUCCAUUAUUAAUUAAACAACAGUUAACAUAUAAAAUGUUUAAUUUUAUUCUUAAAAAAACAAAAUUAUUAUUUCCUCACAAUUAGGUGUUAGUAUUUACAUUCAUAAUAUUACAUUACAUAAUUAAGUUAGAGAUAGUCCCUUAAUAAUAAUAACAAAUUUUACAUAUUUAUUUAUUUAAAAAUUAGAUAUUUAAGAUAUUACUUUACUUAAUACUUCUCUUUUUAAUUUAAACUAAAAUGAUAAUUAAACUAAAUUUUAUUCAGUAGUAAUUUAAGAGAUAAUUUUGAAAAACUGUAUUUUUCUAAAUAGUUCUUUUAUUUAUCUUUUUACUAAAUUUUAUUAUAUUGAUUAAUUUAAAAUCAAUAAAAUAAUUUUAAAUAAUUGUUCAUUUGAAAAUUCUUAAUUCAAUAAAUUUGGAGAUUAAUUAAUCGUUGUUAAUAAUUUUGUAUUAGAAGAUUUUAAAAUUAUCAAUUCUAAUUUAAUCAAUAGUGAAUUAAUAUUACUUCAAAAUUCCAAUUUUAAUUUAAUUGAUGGAAUAAUUUUACAAAAUUGCAAAUUGAAUUUAACUACAUUAGUAUCACUUAGCCCUUAUAGCAUAUUAAACCAAAUGGAAUUUUAUAAUAUAAUUUUGUAUAAUUCAGUAUUCAUAAUAUAUACAGAAACUAUUAUUUCUGGAUACAAACAUUAAAUAAAUGAAUUGUAUAUGGAAAGUAUCUUAAUUUGUGGUAAAAAUCCAAUUAAAAUUUCUCAAAAUUUACUUGAAACUUCUUUUAUUGAAGUGAAAAAGGUUACAUUAAAUUAAAUACAGUUUAAUUGUCAAUUUUAAUAAGAUAUGCAAGAAAAAAAAUCAAUAUGUAUAUUUGAUUUAUAAAGCAAUAAAAUAGAUAUAUCACUAAUAAGGAAUGAUUAAAUUUAUAAUUAUUGGAUUUUAUGUAUUAACAAUUCAAAUAUAAUCAAUAUAGAUGAUAUUCAUCUAAAUUCUAAUCAUAAACUUAAAUAUGAUCCUAAUAAAAAUUACUCAAAAUUAAGUCCUUUGAAUUCAGGAUUUCUAUAUUUAAAAUAAGUUAUAACAGCUACUUUUUCAAACAUCAUUAUAAGAUCUUAGAGCCUAUUAGAUUCAUCUAUGAUUUAUAUCAACUCAAAAAAUGAAUAAUAAAUAAAAACUUAAUCACUUAAAUUUUCAAAUGUAGUAUUUGAAAAUAAUUUGUUGAUUAAAAUCUAAAGUUUUUCAAUAACAACUUUACUUUAUGUAGAAUUCGAAGAUAAAUGUAUUAUAACAAUUUCUAAUAUUACUUUUAUUUCAAAUUACAUAAGACAUCUUAUUUUUGAUUACUUUACAAUCUCCCCAAGUCUUAUUUGUAUUAUAACCUAAUCUUUGACUUAAUUAUAAAAUGCUAUAUUUUAUUAAAAUGAAAAUGUAAAUUCCUGCUUUCCAUCUUUAUAUAUUAAAUCUUCAGAGAUUUAAAUUGAAAAUAUAACUGUAUAAGGUAUUAAUGUAUUUAAUUUUGAUUUAAUAAGUUAUUUUUCUGAAAAUAAUAUCUUUAAUUAUGGAGGUUUCUCUUAUUUAUAUGGUUAGUAAAUUACAAUUAUUGAUUCAAAAUUUGAAAAUGAAUUGGCUUUAGAAAUUGCAUAUUUUUAUAUUUAUCUAUAUAAUUAAGGUAAUAUGAAAAUUAUUAAAACCUCAUUUCAUAGUAUAAUAGUUUCAACUGAGUAGGAUAAUAAUUAUAAUAGAGCAGUAUUUGAGAUAGAUGCUACAAGUUCAAAUUUAAAUUUUGAAAUGAAUUAUGUUUAAAUUUCAAAUGUUUUAAGUCGAUAUUCUUCUGGUUUCUUAAAAAUUAGUCCUUCUAGAAUUAAAAAUUAAUUGUAAUUAAAUAAUAUUAAGGUAAAAAAUGUUUUAUCAAAACACCAACACAUUUUAGAUUUAACUUGUAUGAAUUAUGUUGAUAAUUCAGUAUAAAUUACUGAUUUUUCUUUAAAAUUAGAAAAAGAAUAUUAUAAGAAAUAUAAUGAAUUUGUUGAUAAUAAAAAUAAUCUAAAUUAAUUAUCUUAUAUAGAUAUUUAAGGAAUGAUUAUAAUAACUAAUAGGUAUAAAAUUAAUUAAUAUAUAUAGUUCUAUAAUAUUUAAAAAAUUGCAUUUUAGUGGUUUUGCUCCAAUAACUAUUUUAUGCCUUUUAGAUAAUUCUAAAAUUUUGAUCACUAAUUUAGUUAUAGAAUAAAUAGAAGUGGCUACAAAAAAGUUAAAUAUUAUAUAACAUGAAUAUUCUGGAAAUUAAUUAAAGAUAAUUAAUUUGUAUCUUUGUUAUUUAAUAAUAAAAAAUGCAUAUAAUGAAAUAGAUACUAAUGUUGAAUCAUUCUUUGAAAUCUUAUAAAAUUUUCCGAAAAGAUUAAUUUUAAGAGAUUUUCUUAUCAUCAAUAAUACAUGUUAAACCUGUAAAAAUGGAUUGAUUUAUUUUCAAUAAAUUGAAAAACUUUUAAUACAUAAUUCAAUCAUUUACAAUAAUCAAUGUGGUAAAUUCACUUGUUUGAUGCUUAAUCAAGUGAAUCAGAGUGUAAUUAAAUAAAGUAAAUUUAUUAGAAAUUCUGGAACUUAAGGUGGAGCCUUAAACAUAAAAACUACCAAAAUAUAAAUGAAAAAUAUUUUAUUUUUGCAAAAUGAUGCUGAAAAUGGUGGAGCUUUGUAUUUAUCAUCUACUUCAAUGAAAUUAGACAUAUUAAUAUAAGAUUUAUAUCUAAUUUAAAAUAAAGCUAAUAUUGGAGGAGCUAUUUAUUUAGAAAAUCAUAAUUUUAGAAAAGAGGAGUUGUUACAAGUAUAUUUCUUGAAAAAUAUUGGAUAAGAAUAUAUAGAUAAUAUUAGAGAAAAUCCAAUCUAAUUAAAAUUAUCAAUAUUUAAUUAAGAAUUGGAUACUAAAUCAAUGUCUAAUAUUGGAUCACCUAAUUUUGAAAAAUAUAAACUUAAUACAAAUAUCAUUUAUAUACCAAGUGGACAAUAAAUAAAUAAUUAUAGUAUUUAGAAUCUAGAAAGACAAGUUUUCAUCAUUUAUAAUUUAAAUCCAAAAUUAUAUGCAAUUAACAAUUUAGGAGAAAAAUAAAUAAAUUUAUAAAAAUACAAAUGCGUUUUAAAAUAAUAAUAAAAUUAAAAAAAUGAUUUAUUCUAAAAUCAAGAAUAUAUUAUACCUUUUAAUUAAGACACCCAAUCAUUUGAUUUUUCAAAUUUAAUUAUAAAUUUGGAUCCUUAUAUUAAAAAUGAAACAAUCUUUGUUUUUGAUUGUGAUUGUUUUACUGAAUCUUAAUAUAAGUUUUAUUUAAGUGUUAAAUCAUUUCCAUGCCAAGUAGGUGAAUUUUAUUAUUUUAAUUAAUGUAUUAAAUGUGAAGAAUCUAAAGGUUUCUAUUCAGUUGAACCUAAAGCUACUUUUUGUUAGAAAAUAGAUCCAAAUAUUAUUUAAGAAAAUACAGCAAGUGAAAUCUCAUUAUAGCCAGGUUAUUGGAGGCCAAAUUAUAGAAGCAAAUAUAUCAAUAAAUGUACAAGAUAGAAGAUAUAAUGUCUCGGAGGAUGGAAACCAGGAGAUCAAUCAUGUAAUUUAGGUUAUAUUGGAGCUUUAUGUGAAGAAUGUGAUAUAUAUAAUAUCAAAGGAGAUGGCCAAUAUUAUAAAAAUAAAAAUAGCAAAUGUGUUUUUUGCAGUGAUUUUGGAUUUUCAAUAUUCAUAUCACUAUUAUUUGGAUCAUUGUAUCAAUUUUCAUUAUUUCUUUUAGAACCAUAGGUUCAAUGAUAUUAACUGUAAGCAGUGUUAACACUAUUUUUAAAAGCUUUCUGAAAUUAAAAUUAACAUCAAAGCAUUAUAAGGUCUUAUUUAAUCAUAGUUUAGGUAGAAAAUAUAUUUUAUAUAUAGAUUAAUCGGCUGCUUUAAUUAAAACGGUUGUCAAUUAUUUUUAGAUCUUAGUCAGAAUUAAAUCUUUUCAAUUAGAACUUUAUUUUAAUAUUAUUGAUGUUCUUACUCCUUUAAGCAAUCCUAUAAGCACAUCAUCUUAUACAUAUGAAUGUUUUUUAACCUAAUAAACAGAAUUACAGAUUAUUUACAUUAGUCUCAUUAUUAACAUUUUGGCACCAAUCUUUUUCUAUUUUAUAUUUUUAACAGUUUAUAUGCUUUUAAUUUUUAAAAAGAAACUAAAACUUACACCAACUAUCUAUGCAACUGCCAUAUUUUAUUUAUUUUUUUAUGCCCAACCUAAUAUCAUUCUAGAAUUAGGAGAAUUAAUUACAUCAAGAAAUAUUUCUGAAAUUUAAUACAUAAAUCGAAAUGUCUCUAUUCUAUACUUUACAAAAACUCAUAUUUCUUGGGUUCUAUUUUUUAUUACACCAGUUUUACUCAUAAUUGGUAUUAUAAUCCCACUUAUUUUAUUCCUAAUAUUAUAUAAGAAAAGAUACCAUUUUAAUUAAGAAAAAGUUAGAAAAAUAUGGGGCUAUAUAUUUAAUGAUUAUAAGGAAUCCUCAUUUUAUUGGGAAAUUUUUAGAGUAUCUGAAAGAGAAAUUAUAUUAUUAUCACUUAUAAUAUUUGAAGAGCAAAUUGAAAUUAAGGGUAUAUUAACAUUUUUGAUAUUGUUUUUGUAUCAUAUAAUUGUUUAAAACAAAAAACCUUUUAAUAUGGAAACACUAAAUCGAUUUGAAUAAAAAUGCAUUACAUUAUCUAGUUUGAUUUUUCUGAUUUGUGGUAUUAAAUAUCAAAUUUAAAUAUUACAAAUAGUAUCAAUAGAUUUCAUAUUACAAACACUUCUAUUAAUUGUAUUCAUAAUCUUUUUUUACAUCUUAAUAAGUUAAACAAUUUCAACAUACUAUCAAAAAUAUAAUGAUAGAUUAGAUGGUAUUCGAAAAAUCUUGUUAUAAAGAUUCCCAAAAAUCAUUCAGAUAUGCCCUUAAUUGAAAAAUUAUCUUAAAUUGAGAGUUGAAAUCAAAAAUAAAUUGAAAUCAAGAGUUAAAUUAGUUAAGGAAGCCUUAAUUAUAUCCAAAGGCGAAAAUAUAAUGUAAAGUUAGCAUAACAAUCUACUCUCGUUUUCUUUAUAAAAAAGUAUUUAUCCUGAAGAAUAAGCUUAAAAUCUUUCAAAUCUAUUGACAAAUUAAAAAAAUAAUGAAAAAGAGAAAACACAUUUUGUAAAAGAUUUAGUAUCUAUUCAUUGA